AUGACUACCUUCGCCGAAACCCACAAACUCAACCUUUCCGAUGUCGCCAUCGUGCAGGCUCUCGUUUACAACGCCGAGUCGAACAUCGCCGAACUGAAGAGAACGUUCGAGUUGGACCUGGCGGCCGGAUACAAUGAGGUCAAGAUCCAGGUAUGUUGUUUACCUUUUCCUUUUUUAAUAUUCAAAUCGUUACUUUUCAUUGCUCUGUAAAUAGACACUCUAAAUAUGAAUGUUUGUUCUUCCUUGUCAAAGUUUGAAAAGACGGUCAGUGUUUGUUGUUAGGAACCGGUUUUCUGAUCUUUGGAUUCAUCGUAACAAAAUGAUCUUUUCAGAACCUUCCGUUCGACUUGGUACAAGAUUCGAUCCGUGUUUCUGGAAAUGGCUCGGCCAUCAUCCACGACGUGGCCGUGAAGAGCCAGGAGGGCGCUGACUUUGUGAUUCCGGAUCGUGUGCUUGCCAUCAAGGCGACUUUCGAGGAGAAAGAAAGAGCCAAAGAUCAAAUCAAUGACAGCAGAACGGCGGUGAACAAGAGAAUCGAGGGAUUGGAUAACCUGAUCACCGAAGUGGCCAAGCACGGAAAGGACGGAAGCUUCCACUUCGACGGCCGAACCAUCGAGAGCCUCAACGCUCUGCACGCGUACCAUCAGGAGAAGACGGUCACACUCCGUGCGGAAAUCCGUCGCCUCGACCAGGAGUAUCGCAGAGCCGAGGAAGAGUUCACCCGUGCAAGCCAGGACUACGAUAACACCGGAUACAGAUGGAGAAACUCGGCUCAAUACGCCAGCAUCGUCGUCGAAUCGGAGGAAGGCGAAUCCGUUCAGCUGACCGUCUCCUACCAGGUCAACAAUGUCUCCUGGUUCCCAUUCUACGAUGUCCGUGUCACAACUGAAGCCAGUGGAGCUGAGUUGCAGAUCACCUACUUCGGAAAGGUCCGUCAGUUCAGCGGGGAGGACUGGAAGAACGUACCACUCGUUCUGUCGACUGCCAAGCCAGCUCACGGUGCGAAGCAACUUCCGAAGCUCGGAGCCCUCGAUGCCUCCAUUGUUGUUCCCGAACCCGAAGCUCGGGCUUACGCUUGCAGCGAGAUGGUUUACGAUUCUGCACCACGACUUUUCGGAAAAUGCCUCAAACAAGCUUCCGCUGUCGUCAGAUCGAGCAACAUUUCUUCGGAAUUCAGCAUCGGCCGUCCAGCCACUGUCGACGACCGGACUGAAGAGUACAAAGUGAGCAUCGGAGAGUUCACCAUUCCGACUAAGCUCGCCAAUGUGACCGUCCCAUCGAAGAACGCCGUUGCGUACCUUAUUGCCACCUCUGUAAACACCUCAGACUUCCCGCUCGUUGCCGGACAAGCUUCCGUUUUCCUCGACGGAGCCUUUAUCAACAAAGUCGACUUUGACGAUGCCGUAAUUUCUCAAAAGUUCGAAGUCUCGUUGGGAGUGGACCCAGCCAUUCGCAUCGAUUACAAGCCAGUUAAGAACUAUAAUCAGCAGAGCGGAACUGUGGAGAAGAUCAACGCAGUUGUGACCGAGAAGACGACCUUCGUCUCAAACCUCCGCCCGAACACCGUUCUUCUCACCAUUCGCGAGCAAAUUCCAAGAUCCACCGACUCCCGAAUCACGGUAUGCGCAAUAAUUUCCCCUUCCAAUUCGAAAACUUCGUUUUCAGGUUCGCCUCGAGGCUCCAAAGGCCACCGAGGUCGCUGAGGCCAGUGCCGAGCCGAAGGUCGGAGCCGAGAUCACUCCCGAGAAGAUCCUCGACUACACUGUGCAGUUGGCGCCAGGACAGACCGGAACCUACACGGUGAAGUACGUCACCGAGCACCCACAGGCCGAGAAGAUCCGCUACGACGAGAAGUUCUAA